CCCAGCUAGCGAGCCGCAGAGGAGCGAAGUGCUGGCGAGGAGGAUUGGGAAAGGGCAGCACUACCCGGCACUCACCGCAAGCCAGAAGGAAAGCAAAUGCAGCAGCAAUGUCCGAGCUCAAGAAAAACGAAAUGGAAAUCAGGGAUAAGGCUAUCCUGCACCAGAAGAGGCGUCUGAAGCAGGCUACACAGUUCAUCCAUAAAGAUUCUGCGGACUUGCUUCCUUUGGACGGACUGAAAAGGAUGGGAACAUCAAAAGACCUGCAACCUCACAACAUUGUUCAAAGACGAUUACUUGAGAGCAACGCCACAAAAUUACACGGGGAUCCAAAGGACAGUGGCUCUAUGACUCAGUCACCAUUUGAAGAGAUGAAAUCCAGCGUGAAUACGGAUACUUUAUCUUUACUCACUGUCUUCUGUAAGUGUCGUGAUCAAAAGAUCAAAGUCACCAUCAACACAGGCUGCCACCAGAAUACAGUCUCCAGCAGCUGCUUAAACAGAAUAGGUUUUGAGGAAUUACCUGUGGCAGAGAGUGAAGACCCUGAGCUCCCCAGAUCUACCCAAAGUCCAAACACAAUGGAACGAGUGGAGAAGUUAGAAAUCAUGUUGGGGAAAGAGAAAGUUGAGUGUCCAGCUUUGGUAGUAGAUGACGAGAUAUGUGAGCUAUCCCUCGGCCUUCAAACCCUUCUGUCUCUCAAAUGUGUGAUUGACUUGGAGAGGCGAGCGCUGUUGCUAAGAAAUUCGGAAACACAACUACAAUUCAUAACUGAAGCAGAAGAAGAGCAAGAAAAUGAAGAAGAGAAAGAGUGAGAAAAGUUACAAUAUUUUGGUAUAUUAAACAGAAAGCUCAAAUAAUUAACUAACAUUAUGAAGUUUCUCUCCAUCUCUCUUGCUUUCCCUGUGCUUUAACUUUGGUUUACCUUACUGCAGAAGUAAUCUGGCAUGGAUGAGAGAGAGGACAACAAUGUAACAUCUUGCCUCUCUUACCACAGCUCUCCUAGAUCACCAAAACCCUGUUCCACCCUAAUUUUCUUUUGGUAUUAAAAUAAAAGAUCUGUUCACUUUGUCAUCUUUAUUGCUGCUCCCAGGGUUGAACACUCUGGUAUUAAAAAUAAUUUACUUUUAAUAAAAUAAUUUCUGCAAUAAUUAACUAAAAUUAAAUCCUAGCAGUGGGAAGUGUGAAAGAUUACUUCCUCUUGUGGCUGCUUUUGUUGGUUUGGGUGCCAAAGAUUAUAAGGAUAUUUGAGAUGAUGAUGCCAAAAACAGAAAGGUCCUGAUGGAAGGAACCCUACAGGAGAAAUAGACAACAGCAAAUCUGAAUAAGAUUUUGAAUGAUCGGUAAUAUUUUUACCCUGUACUGAUUUAUAUCAAAGAAGUUUAAUUUUAAAAAUACUAAUUAAUUCCUGUAAAUCAUUCUGCUUAAAACAAAACAAUUUAGCAGUGGUUAGUGCACCAUGUUAUAAGAAAGCUUUACAUAGAUCUGAUCUGUCAAAAUUGUAAGUUACACUAAUAUCCUCUUUAGUGUGAGGCCAAGAGAUAAAAUGAUUUUAUUUUGAUCAAUAAUUCAUAAAUGGUAAUCAACUUCAGACAAACUUCCUUUAAGUGGAUCUCCUGUGUUUGCUAAUAUUGUGUGCUAUUCCAGUGAACUGAAUCUUUCUCCAUUCUAGUUUAAAAUUCUGGUGGACCAUGACAGCAGUCAUUUUUUCUGGCUUUGAAUUCCAAUGUAAAAAUGCUUUACCAAUAAGCAUACUGUGUAAUAUUCCAAUAGCUCAACCUUCCCCCAUUUUCUUCAAUAAAAACAUCAUCCAUAUCCACAGCCUUUUUACCUGUCAUUCUAACUGCAGAUCAAUUUGGAUUGCAGCCAAGGACACAUUUUUUUAAACUGUAUACUCUCUGCUCUGUUGUUUUCUUUCUGCUAAUUUUAUUUUUACCCUGUUUUAUUUCCAAAUCCUAUGUACAGCAGUCAUUGAAUUUGGCCUCUAUGAGUCAUUUUAAAUACAUGGAUCUUCCUCUCAAAAAUAAUACUUUUGCUACUUAAAUAUGUGAAUUAAGAUAAAAGAAUGCUGUAACUGGUCCAACAGAUAAAGGCUCACAUUUUACAAAUGUAAUUGUUGAUAAGCAGCCUAAUAAGUGCUGAAUUUUUCAGGUUUAAAUAUAGGGCAUAUAAUGUUGUAAUGCACUAAAGCUGUGGAAACUUCAGUUAAGAUUAGAAAAUUAUAAAUGUUAAACACUUGUUUGAAAAAGAUGAACGCCAAUCAUUUUGACCUUGGUGGCAGUGAAAGUUCUAGAAAAAUAAAGGGGUCACAUUCAAACAUGAAUAAAGGUGGAUAAAGUUGGCCUGUAUUUGUUAAAGGUAAAUGUGUCUUCAUUAAAAUGUUAAGUUUUUUGAUGAAGUAACAGAGAAUUGAUUAGAGAAAAGUCACUGAUAUGUAUAUGGGGAUUUUCUAACAGUUUUUGAUGAGGUGCUAUUUUGUCUUCAAGUUUGAAGGCCAUGGAAUAAAGAGAGCUUUAGCAGCAUGGAUAGCAUAGAGAGGAAAUAUAAAGUGAUGAAAAAUUGUUUUCAGAAUGGAGGGAAGUGUGCAGUGCCCCAGAGCUCAAUAAUAGGACCUCUUUUUUACUUAAUAGCAUGGGCUUGGGUGUAGACACUCAAUUUCCAAAUUUGUAUAUAGUACAGAAUUUGGAAAUAUAAUAAACUAUAAGGAAGAUAAGAGAAGCUUCAUAUUAGUGAAUGACCUAAAGACAAGCCAUCUAGGUAGGUCAUAAAAUUUCAAUAAAUUAACCAUCACAGGAAAUGUGAAAGUCUAUUUCUGCCCAAGCCACAGAUGCCUCAUCUGUGGGCUGAAUGUUACACUCUUGACGGGCCAUUUACAGCAGUAAUCACUUGGAGCUGGGUUUUGGAUUUGUGGUGGGGGUAAUACAGUGGAAAGGGCUCUCUGCAGUUAAGGCCAAUUUAUUAGAGCUCCCGUGCUUUAGGACUCAUCCCAUACUCUAGUACAGAAACAAAACAAUCCUCAGCCCAUCUUGAAUCAACUAAAAUGCCUUGUUCAAUGCUGACCACCUCGCCUCAGUUUCUCUUAUCAAAAUACAAAUCAGUUUCUUUUCACUGCCUUCCCAUCACAAAGCAUAGACUUUGUACCUGCCCGUGCAUCUUCGAUCAUCAAAAUUAUCAAGUCCAGAAUAAGGUUUGUUACUCAUUGGUAGUUUUAAAGGUGGGCAAGUUUUUCAACCAAUCUGAUAAGGAAAUGUUAAAUGUUUUCUAAGUCAAAUUCAGAUAUUUUUAUGAAUUAACUCUGUUGAAUUUGGCUGGCAUGGGGGUGAAGGCAUGAAUUAUGCCAAACCAAGCUCCUCUUCUGCAAAACAAAAUCACAACUGUAUAAUGCAAAAAUUAUAUAGAGGUACAUCAAUCAUAAUGAAUGUCCAGGCCCAAGAGCAGCACAUAUGAACAUUAGCUGAUUAAAGCUGAAACCAAAGUUUGUCUACAUUUAGCUAAAAUCUAGAUUCUUAUGGUACUUUUCUUUCAAAGUUCUUCUGAAAAUCACGUUAACCUACUUCAGUAGUCUCAAUAAAUAUUGCAAUGAUGCAGGAUUUGUCCUGAGCUUCUCUCUCCUUCGGGCAGUAUUGUAAUAGGUACAAAUGAGGACCAGUAGGAAUCUAAUAUUUACCAAGUGCCAUUGGCGUUUUCCUAUGUCGUGAUGGUGAAACAUUUUCCACAUCUCUGUACAUCAACGUGUUUCAUUUUAUUCAAAAAUUGAAAAGUUCAAAAUCUUUUGGGCCUUUUCACGUCCUCGUUGUUUUUGAAUCAGGUAUAUUAUGACCAACAAAUUCUGAAAUAUGCCAUUUUGUGGCAGCAGUGCAAGACACAAAAAUUACUGUAAAUUACAGUAAAAAUAAAUAAAUCUUGCAGAAGAGGAACAGUGAGGUCGGGAUCAUUGCUUCAUGGGCCAUUCAGAAAUCUGUUCACUGAGUGCUAUCUUUUUGAAAAAAAAUUAAAGGCAAUCUAGAAAAUCCCUUUCCAUAUUGGAAAUAUUGUUGAAAGAAUACCAUUUAAUUAAAAAAUAUGUUUCAUUUUGCCACUGUUUCUGAGCAGUAUGCUAUUGAAGCCUGGCAUGGUUAGUUUAAUUACUAGAAGGAGACUAUGUUGUUGAUUGCCCUCCAUUCCUUUAUAUAAUGUGCCUGGAUUUGACGACUUCUCCUGCCAGUGAUGGAUUUAGAAGUUAAAGAGGAGUAACUUAACACCACCAACUUUGCACAGUUACCCCGUAGCAUGAUAAUUUGGUGGCAUUGUAUGUUACUGUUCAUAGGAACCAGAAAUUUAAAGUUUAUUAUUAACACAAUCAAACAUGGUAUGAGGAAUAUUAAAUAUUCAGAGGGAAAUAAAGGCAAUGGGCUAACAGCCCAAGCAUUCUAUUCAUUCAUGUACAUAUUUAUAAGGCAUCUCAUUUAAGAAAGACGGCAAAUGUUCAAGGUUUUGUUUACCCCCAAUAAAUAGUGCAGUGUUUCUAUAUGUUUCUAUUUUGUUCGACCCCAAUUCAUGCAUUCCAUUCUGAAUUUCAGUAAGGUAUCACAGUAAUCAUUAUCAGCCCACCAGUAGCUCAACUAGACAUUCACUGUUGAAAUUAUUUAAAUAACUAGUACUUUGCUUCAAAAUUAUAUAUGUUAUCAAUGCAAUUCCCAAUUUUAUUGUCAUUGAUUUAUAUAUCAUAAAAGAAAUGUGGAAUAAAAAAUCUAGAAUGAAAAGAAUGCUUCUGAACUUUUGGGAGGAAAACUAAAUGUAAGAUCUCCUCUAUUUUGCAAUUGAUUUGUUCUACGAUUACCAAGCAUUGAGGUAGUAAAAAUCAGAAUUAUUUGUAACAUAUGACAUCCACAUUCUUGCCAGGUUACUUUGGUGACAAUGCUUUACAUUUACUCUAUAUUUUGGCUCUGAUGGUACUGUACAAGAGCAGUGUAAUUUGUUCCUGAAUGCCCAAAUGCAUGUUUUGUUUGUCCAGUGUGGACAUUUCACAACAAACACAUCAAUUACUUACACUUCACAAGCACUGUCUUCUUACCAGUAUUGUAUGUUACCUUGUUACGCUGGUGUGCACCAUGUUGUUAAAAUAAACUGGCAUUG